AUGCCGAGGUCUUACAUAGAUGCUAAAUGCACGAAGUUGUGGAAGAUAUACAUCAAGCAUUGCCCUGUUUCCGAUCAUGGAAUGGAAGUUGUAGCACUUGGGUGCCCUAAUUUGGUGAAGUUGAAGGUAGAUAGAAUGGAAUAUUAUCGCAAUGGGAUUAAUGAAGAUCUUUGGAAUUGUAUUACCAGUGGAGACUAUCAUCCAUGGAGGCUAGAACAGACUGGAACAGCUGGUUCAUCUGAUGAUGUUUCACUACAAGCAUAUAAACAAAAGGAAAACGAUAAGAAAUGUUUGUAUGAACUUUUCGGUGCUCUUCCACCGGUGGUUUACAAUUAUUUUGAAGUCGAAUCUACUGAGGUUAAUGGUCCUGGUGAUGAGGGUUUUCUCAUGAAUUCGGAAGAUGAAGUUAUGGCAUACUACUCGAAUAACAAAGUUAAGAAGUUAUUAAACAAGCCGUUCAAUCUGAAGUUCAAAGGAAAUAGUGGUUUCAAGGGAAACUCAUUAUCUGGGAAGAUAGUUAGAGAAGAGUCGAAGGUUGAGAAGAAAGAGAGUAAAAAUGCUAGUGAGAAGGUGGAGAAGAAGUUAAAAGGAGAUUCACAGGGUACUUCAUCAAGCCACAAAUAUGCUAAUGACAUAGAUUCGACACUUCUUACAAAGGGGAGAAUGUAG